UGCCUCCUGAAAACGCAUGAUGAUUAGUUGUCACACUUAAAGCGUGCUGUCGGGCUGUUCAUCAGCAUAAAUAUAAAAUAUCAGUAAGCACUAAGAACAUCCUACUCUUAUAUGAACCAAAUACAUUGAUAAGACACAGCGGCAGUUUACUGCUACGUCAAAUGGGAUGAACGAGAGAGCAAGUAAAUAAGAAAUGUCAAAUCUGUUUGACAUUUCAACAAGUUUGCGGCGGAAUAAGCGAUUGAAGAAGAACCGAAAGGCUGGGUUAGAAGCUCGUGCCUGGUGCGGGUCGCCGCCAUGAUGUAUGUCACUUCCACCUUAAAUCCCUCUUGUGGCGAAACUUUUUUCUCUUUAUCUCGAGCGGUCUACCUUAAGCGCACAAGCAACGCAGGCGUACAGCGAGGUUUCCGCUUCUCCACCGGGCUCGGACCGCGGUUCACGAAAACAGUCGGCAAGGUUGACGCACCGACGAAAAAAAAGAAAAGCUAAAGCCACUAAGCACAAAUGUCUGAUUCUAAGUACCGUGAGUGGAUUCUGGAUACCAUUGACUCACUACGCUCGAGAAAAGCCCGACCAGACCUUGAGAGGAUUUGUCGAAUGGUCCGGAGACGACAUGGGUCUGAUCCAGAUAGAACCUGCGCAGAACUCGAUAAACUGAUCCAGGAGCAAACUGUAUUGAAAGUUAAUUACAAGGGAUCUAUAUCGUACCGCAACGCCGCCAAGGUACAGAGGAGAAGCAGGAAAAAAGAUGACACCUCAACAAGACGAAAUGUGGUGGAAGAAGCUAGUCAUUCCGAUUUGAGCAACGGGGACAGCGCACUCGGUCCCACUGACCAAGAUGAGACGGAGGAUUUGGAGGCCGACGGUUCCACCGUCAUGGACACCGACAGCAACGGCGACGAGGACGGGGCGGAGGAGAGCCGCGACGGGCAGGACGGGCCGUCCCCCAGCCACACGUACGAAGACGCCGCCACGCUGUGCGCCUUCUCCGCCCACGCCUUCUCCGCCCCCUGCUCCCCCAUGGGGCCCCGGCCGGCCCCCAGCCCCGUGUCGGGCGCCGACGCCGCCUCGGCGCCGGCCUGGAAGUCCGGCGAGAGGGCCAGCUCCCUGCCCCCCUCCAGCCCGAGGGCCCCGGUGCACAGUGACUGGGCCCUCGGGGCCCGGAGCCCCGCGGAGCACCAGCAGAGGGAGGUCAAAGCAGGAGCGGUGAAGCCUGCAGUGCCGGCUGUGGCCACUAGUGUGGCUGCCUUAAAGAACAACGUGGAGGCGGGGAGGACGGAGAGCAUCAGCUCGGACCAGCUGGUCCCCGACUAUGGAGCUAAUGGAGCACGAGCGGAAGCCACCAGGAAGGUUUGCGAUGGCCGAGCACAGACCCUGCCGGUGUCCACUGACAACGGCACUCCUUCCAAAAAGAGCGCGGACACAGGCCCGGUGGCCACGGCCGAAGAGCCCAUCGUCAACGGAGGGGACCCCAACAAAGUCUGUGUGAAAAAGGAGAAGACGGGCCAGAACUUACUGCAGUGGAGUGUGUCGGACGUGGCCGGCUACUUCUCUGCUGCAGGCUUCCCAGAACAGUCUAUGGCUUUCAGAACACAGGAAAUUGAUGGGAAGUCGCUCCUGCUGAUGCAGCGGAGCGACGUGCUGACCGGCCUGUCAAUCAGACUGGGCCCCGCCCUCAAGAUCUACGAGCGUCACAUCAAGGUGCUACAGAGAACCCACUUCCUGGAAGACGAGGACCUGUGAGUCAGUUGGCGGUUUUUCUUUCUAAAAGAGACCAACGCUGAACACCUUCUGCGCCAUCUCCACAGU